AUGGAGGCGGUAUGCUUGUGCAGCUCAGUCCGACUUCUAUCGAACCAAUAUGACGAGAGCCAAGCUAGAAAUCUGAUCCCUGCCCUUAACCGACACCUGGAGGAUCUGCGCCGGCUUCUGGCGCAGUCCAAGUCGCUCUCCCGCGAUGUGCAGUUCCACGUCACCCCCCGCAACCAGCGCACGAGCAAAGCGCUGGCCGUCGACUCGCUUGACCUUACGCCGGUCAACCAAGUCCGGGAGCAGUUCAGAGAAAACAUUGACGGGUUCUGGGCCGUGUCUGAUAACAGAGUGCCUGCCGAAUUGCGCCGGCGACUUGCCUGCGUGGUAAUAUUUCUCAGAUCGAAGUUGGAUGCGCAAGUACUGGUACCGCCUCAAGUUGCCGAAAUAUUCCCAGGGCAACACAACUAUAGCGAUAUUCGCAACUCAGGCAGGAAGUAUAUUCAGAUUGCACGCAAACUCGGCGGUCUUGGAGCAGUUCUUUGGCUUCCGCUAGAUGUUCCGCCAUCAACGUAUGAGAGGUAUCUGAACAUAGACGACGAAGAAGUCUUUAGCCACUUGCUCAAUUUGUCACCACGAUAUGAAGACUACACAGCAUUUGUGCAGCGUCUUAUCUUAAGUCAACUCCGAGACCCUGCAUUGCCUUCCUCGUACUACAAUCUUUUCUACGACUACGCCGAUGUGCUUCCAGCAACAGAUCAACUCCUAUUACUCCUUUAUGCUUAUGGAGGCUCCGACGUACCCGAGGCCCUCUUGAAAGGCGUUCGGUCGCCGCAACGGCGGUGGAACAGCGAUGGCGAGAUUGAAACUGUCUCGUCUGACAAGUUCGGUCUGCCCACCGAGCUUACCAACCUUCUAUCCGACGACAUAGAGUGUUCUCGCGCGACAGAAAGCCCGUACAUUAACAAGCAUGGCCUGGAAGACAGGACAAACGUCUGGUCUCUAUGCUCCGAACUUGCAAUGUUCUUCUCCAGAGUACUAACCCCCAAAACGAUGGACGAACUCGGAAACGUCGCACUCAAACUGCUGUGCUUUGUCGUCCCUCCAUGUUACGAAGGAAACACAGAAUGGUCGCCAACCCUCAAAGCCGCCGUUUGGGCGGUGAUGGACAAGGCCACGACAACCUUCAAAGUCCCAACACCGCUCAAGGCAGAGGUCAUCGACGCGCUCCUCUAUUUUUCUGAGCGGGACCACAUACCAAUGCGCCGCGCCGCCGUCGACAGGGCAAAGUCGUUCCUGCGCAAGCCCAUGCCGUACUACUUCCACGCAUCCGUCGUACUCUCCCGGAGCAACCUGCUACGGCUCGACGGCGAGUUCGCGAAGUCGGAAGCGCAUAUCCGCGACUUCAUCUGGCGAGGGCCGCAGCCGUCGACUCGCAAGGACCACGCCCUGCUCGGACGCCUCCACAUUUCUCAGAUCGAGAACAAGAUCAAGUGCUAUGACAAUGAUGUGUCGUCGUUCAUCUACAACUGGCAAGCGGAGCAGCCGUUAUCGACACUCGAUAUAGAGGUCACCUUCCGAUUGCAGAGCACGGCAGCGCGCUUCUUCCAAUCCAUUGGUGACUUUGGGGCCGCCAGGGCUUCGAUAGAGCAUUUGAUGUCUUUGGACAUGACGAAGCCGAUUCGUCAAAACACGCGACGCCUCUUAUGUGGCAGGCUUGCCGAUAUAUACUGCAACAUGCAGGAGUGGGCGAUGGCCGCCGAUAUACUCCAAACGGAGCUCGGCACGACGGAAGACGCCGAGCGCUGUCGGCGCGGACCCCGGAGACUGCUGCUAGCAUCUGCAGAGGUUGACAUUGGACUUCAACGAUUAGAUGCUGCUGAAGCAACACUGAAAGAGCUCGAGGGCUACGAGCCUGCCGAACUAGACAAUCUGCACGACCAACAGCUGCACAUGCGGCUGUUCAUAGGCCAUGCGCGAAUAGCCAGCUUCAGAGCAGAUCGCCAGGCGGCUGUACUGCGGUGGAAGUUUGCCCUCGAGGAAGCUCAGAAGAUGUAUACCCUCGGGCCGGGAGGCGGGUUCACGACGGCGAUAACUCAUCUGUCUCUGGCCCAUGCUCUGCUGGCCAUGGGCGAUAGAGAUGGCGCGCGGGAAUCUUGGGCUGCCGGGGUAGAGAUUUUGAGGACGGAGAUAUGCGAGUUUUGGCUCCCGAUUGUGCCGACGUUGUGGCUGCAGAUGGUUGCCAGAGAUGUCCAUGAGUCGCAAGUCUUCGGGUCAAUCACACCCUGCGCCGUCGCUAUCAUCUGGGGUCUACAUCGUGUAUGGAAGCUGUGGAACAAACCAGCCGUGAACCAGGGGUCAUGGGUGGCUCAUCUCAAGCUUCUUCUCUGGCACGCACUCGCGGUGCUCCAAAUCUUGACCCUGGGCGUAGCCGCCUUCCGAGGCGGAGAAGUCGCCGGAGACACUAGCGUCAUCAUCGCCUCAGGUUCUCUGGCCAUCGCAUCCAGCAUCCUCUUCAUCUUCGUCUCUAGGCUCGAACAUCGGAGAGCUCGUGCGCCCUCCGCUGUGCUGCAGACGUUUCUCCUGGCCGCGAUCAUCCUUGACGCAGCUCGUCUUCCAAGAGAAUGGGCCUACACUUACAACGGCGGCCUUGCCAUUGUCAAUCUCCUGAUCGUCCAACUCGUCAUAAAGGCCCUUCUUCUCACGGCGGAGUCAGCAUCGAAGCCCGCCUUCAUCACCAUCCCAGCCAGCAAGGCUACCCGAGAGGAGUUGUCCGGCAUCUUUGGCCGGAGUCUUUCGCUCUGGCUCAACCCUCUAUUGAUGUUGGGCUGGAAGAAAGACCUGGUAACUGAAGACCUUGAGCCGGUUGAUGAGGCAUUGUCUGGUGAAAAGCUCAUGAGGAGACUGUCUACAGCCUGGAAGAAUGUCGACCAAGCCCGAGCCCACGCCCUCUCGAUCGCCCUCCUGAAAGCCUUCUCACCAGAGCUCCUCUACACCCAUUUCCCCCGCUUCAUCACAGUCGCCUUCGGCCUCGCCCAACCGAUCCUGGUCCAAAUCACCAUCGAGUACAUCCAGAAUCAUGAAACAACGCUCGUGGAAGAGGGCUACUGGCUCAUUGCCCAAUUCGCAUUCGUCUUUAUCGGAAACGCCGUAUCCUCCCUGUGGACAAGCCAGCUGUCCUACCGCCUCAUAACCAGCAUCAGAGGCGCCCUCAUCGCCAUAAUCUACCAAAACAUGCUCUCCCUCCGCGCCGAGAGCGGCACCUCAGAGGCCGCGGUCGCCCUCAUGGGCACCGAGGUCGAGUGGAUCACCGUCGCGGCGGAGUGGUGCCUCGCCGUCGUCCCGAAUUUGGUCCAGGUCGCGCUGGCGAUGUGGAUUCUCGGGAACCAGCUUGGUGCCGCGUGUAUCACGCCCGUCCUGAUUGCCGUCGUUAGUGUUCUGGUAGCAGCGCGGCUGGGCAAGCUCAUCCCGCCCCGCCAGCGCCGCUGGCGCGAAGCCAUCCAGAAGCGCGUCGGCGUCACGACCCAGGUCAUGGGCUCCGUCAAGGGCGUCAAGAUGAGCGGCCUCAGCGGCACGGUACAAAACCAGAUCCAGGGGCUCCGGGACUUUGAGCUCGAGGAGUCCAAGGAGUUCAGGAAGAUUCAAAUCUCAAACGUCCUCGUCGGCCAACUGCCUUCCAUUAUGACCCCGUCAAUCACCCUCGCCGCCUUCGCCAUCACGCAGCGCCUCGCCGGCGGAGAGCCCCUCAACGUCGUGCAGGCGUUUACAUCGCUCUCCCUACUGGGCAUCCUCAUCAACCCCGUCUCCGAGCUCGUCAUGGUCCCACGGCACCUCGCCAUGACGAUCGGCUGCCUUGACAAGAUCCAGGAGUUUCUGGCGAAGGAGAAGAGGGAGGAUUACAGGAACGUGAAGUCCCGACGACAGGGACAGCCCAAUAGGGCCGUACAGGAGCCCACACCGGAACAGCCGCUGAUCAAGGUCUCGGGGGGUUCGUUUGGUUGGAGCAGCGACAAGGCCAUCUUGCACGACCUGGAUCUCGAUAUCAACCCGGCAACGCUGACUGUGGUCGUCGGCCCGGUCGGGUCUGGCAAGUCGACGCUGCUGAAGUCGCUGGUCGGCGAGACGUAUCGUAGCGCGGGCGAUGUGGAGUAUGCCGCGAGUCCGGAGGUUGCGUACUGUGACCAGGACCCAUGGAUUUUGAAUCAAAGCAUCAGGGACAACAUCACCGGCGGCGCAAACUACGACGUGGGGCUGUAUGACAAGGUGAUUGCGGCGUGUCAGCUUGAGGAGGACAUUCGACUACUCCUGGAUGCAGAUGGCACCGUUGUAGGGAGUUCCGGGGCUGCCUUGAGCGGCGGGCAGAAGCAUCGCAUCGCGCUGGCUCGAGCCAUCUACAGCGGGAAGCAAGUUAUCAUCAUGGACGACACCCUCAAGGGCCUCGACUCGAACACGGCUUCGAAAUGCUUUAACGCGCUGUUCGGUGCUCAGGGGCUCCUGCGAAGCGUUCAAGCUGACCAAAAGAGGUCGGUCAUCUUUGCAACUCAUAACGCCCAAUGGCUCCGCUUCGCCGACCAGAUCCUCUCCCUCGACGUCGACGGCAAGAUCUCCGAGCGAGGGUCCUUCGAGGAGCUCAGCAAGUCGAAUGGCUACGUUAGCAAGCUUCGGGUUACGCAACUGAGUGACUCGGACGAGGACACACCCGAGAACAGCGACGAGGAGACGAAAGACGACGUUGAGGCGCCGAAGAAAGACAAAACUGUCGCCGGGGUGAAGCCCAAUGGCGCCGAAAAGCUGAAAGCAAGCCGUGGCGCGGCGAAUACCAGCUCGUUGCUGUAUUACAUCAAGUCCAUGGGCACGUCGGCGUUCUUUCUGUUUGCGACGAUGGUGCUUUUCCAGAUGGGGUGUCGGACGAUGCAGCGCCUCUGGGUCAAGUUCUGGGUGGCUGCGAACGAAAACCACUCCGAUCCGAACCUGGGGAUGUGGGUGGGAGUGUAUAUCCUCUGGGGCGUCUCGACGGAAGUCGCUGUUGCCAUUGAGACGUACUACUUUCUGGUCAUCAUCGUCCCGCACUCCGCCAAGGGCCUUCACUUUGGAGUUCUCAAGGCCGCACUCGCCGCCCCAAUGUCCUUCUUCGUCAAAACCGACACCGGCGUAAUCAUCAACCGAUUCAGCCAAGACAUGAACCUAAUCGACCUCCCCCUCCCCCUCGCCUUCAUGCUCACCUUCGACUACUUCACCCUCGCCAUCGCCGAAAUCGUCCUCACAACCCUCGCCACCCCGCAGCUCACACUCCUCAUACCCAUCCUCUUCCUCGCCCUCUACCUCCUCCAGCGCGUCUACCUCCAAACCUCCCGCCAAAUCCGCCUCCUCGACCUCGAAGCCAAGUCCCCACUCUUCUCGCACUUCCUCGCCUCGGCCUCUGGGCUCGUCACCAUCCGCGCGCUCGCCGUCACAGCCGCCGCAGAAGCCGAGAACCUCGCGCGCCUGGACAUGAGCCAGCGCGCGUUCUACGUCAUGGGUAGCUUGCAGAAGUGGCUCCUCCUCGUGCUCAAUCUCGUCGUUGCGGCGCUGGCGGUGAUGCUCGUGAGUCUGGCGGUUGCGCUGCGCGAGAGCGUGGAUGCAGGGUUGCUUGGCGUGGCACUGGUUAGUGUGAUGGGGUUCGGGUACUUGUUGAUGCUGCUGCUGAAGUACUGGGCUGAUCUGGAGACGAGCCUGGGGGCUGUGGCGCGGAUCAGGGAGUUUCAGAUGGAGACGCCUGCGGAGGUUGAUGGGGAUAAAGAAGUGGAGAGCGUGUGGCCUGCCCAGGGGCGUGUGAGGAUUAGUGAUGUGUCUGCUGCGUACGACGACCACCAAGUUCUGCGGGGGGUUAACCUGGACAUCCAGCCUGGUGAGAAGGUGGCGAUAUGCGGGCGGACGGGGAGCGGGAAGUCGACUCUUCUCGCGCUCCUGCUCCGCCUGCAUGACCCCUCGCCUGGGAGUAUUGAAGUGGACGGGGUGAAUAUCUCGACGGUGCCGAUUUCACGGUUACGAGAGAGUCUGGUCGCGCUCCCGCAGGACGCGCUGUUCCUCCCUGGCUCCGUCCGCCGGAACCUCGACCCACUGGACAAGCGCGAGGACGCAGCGGUGUGGGAGGCGCUGGAGAAGACGCGCCUCAAGGGCCUCUUGGAGGACAAGGGCGGGCUGGAUGUGGACUUUGAGACGGAGUGGUUGAGCGCGGGGCAGAAGCAGCUGUUCUGCAUGGCGCGGGCGAUGUUGAGGGAGAGCAGGGUGUUGUUGCUAGAUGAGGCGACGAGCAGCUUGGACCAGGCGACGGAGAAGGUGGUGCAGGACCUUAUCAGGAGCGAGUUUGAGGGGUGGACUGUCAUUGUGAUUGCUCACCGCUUGCAAGCUGUGGUUGACUUUGACAAGAUUGUGGCGCUGCAGGAUGGGGAGGUCGUCGAAUUUGAUCACCCGAAGACGCUGCUUGAGCGGGGUGGGGUGUUUGCUUCGUUGUGGAAGCUUCAGGAGGGAUGA